AGGGAAGUACAUGGUGUCGAUUAUUUUUGUUGACAAGAGAAAAUCAACCACUUACAUUCAACUGACAGCAUAAUAUUUUUACAUUUUAAACAAGGAUGAUCAAGGCUAUUCUCAUUUUUAACAACCAUGGGAAACCAAGACUCAUCCGAUUCUACCAAUAUUUUGCUGAAGACAUGCAGCAGCAAAUCAUUAGGGAGACUUUUCAUCUGGUGUCCAAAAGAGAUGAUAAUGUCUGCAAUUUUCUGGAGGGGGAAGUUUUCCACCCUAUUUUUAGCUUGAUCGGAGGCUCGGACUACAAGCUAAUCUACAGACACUACGCCACUUUGUACUUUGUGUUUUGUGUGGACUCAUCAGAGAGUGAGUUGGGGAUUCUAGACCUCAUACAGGUAUUUGUGGAAACCCUGGACAAAUGCUUUGAGAAUGUGUGUGAGCUGGACUUAAUCUUUCACAUGGAUAAGGUCCAUUACAUUCUGCAAGAAGUUGUCAUGGGAGGUAUGGUGCUGGAAACGAACAUGAACGAAAUAGUUGCGCAAGUGGAGCUGCAGAACAGAAUGGAGAAAUCAGAGGGUGGACUGUCUGCAGCACCAGCCCGAGCUGUCUCGGCAGUGAAAAACAUGAACCUCCCUGAAAUACCCCGUAACAUCAAUAUCGGAGACAUCAAUAUAAAAGUGCCCAGUCUUUCCCCGUUUUGAGGCUGCAUGUUACAGUACUUAUCAUUACCAGUAUGUUCUUUGUUGUUAUUGGACAUUGAGAUUCAUUGCUAUAGAUACCGUCUCCCAGAUGCCAUUUAUGUACUCACGACUGACCAUAGACAACAGGACUUUUAACACUGGAGUACUGUUACAUUUCAUUGCAAUUAAGUCCAAAGCACACUACUUGGUCCAAUCACUUACAACAUAAGCUUUCAAUUUAAACUUUGGUUUAUAGACAAACCAUGUUUCAAGUUUUGAUUGUAGAAUUGUUUUGUAUUUUGUCUAUGAUGUAGUAACAUUCCAACAAACAGCAUUGUUGUGUUGAUGCGCUUUCUUUCUUCAUAAACAGUGAUGCCACAUGUUUCCUAAACUUCUCCACAUUAACUUUAGGUACACACAAAAUUGAACUUGCUGUAUACAAUACCUGUAACUUC